AUGCUCUACACUCGACGCUCGUCCGACUCCGAAUCUGAACAUGUGUUAAUGCCUGUGCGUAGCCAUGCGGGCAGCGAAUCUGGUAGCCGUCGCUCUCCGACUGUGGAUCACAAUUACCUAGGCGUACCACAGGCAAGGCCGCGCGCCUCCAACGCAGGCGGUGGACUCCAACCCACAAUUGUCAAUAUCGGCAGCCUUCCUUCAGCACGUAGACGCAGCAAUCGCAGCCAAAGCAGAAGCAGAAGCAGAAGCAGAAGCAGAUCCUGGCCGCGGUACCGCGACAGAACACCAUCCGAGAGGGAAUACAUCUUCAUACCCAGGGAUCGCGAUGGCUAUGACGAAGAUCUAUAUAGGGGGGUUGAUAACUAUGACGACUAUGACGGACGCAGGGAGCACGUUUACUCUGAAUCCGAUGACUCGGCAUCCUCUUUCGUAGCGGUUAGGCGAAGAUUGACGAGGGCAGAACGAUACUGCAAACCCGACAAUGUCAUCGAGGUCGACCUCCAGAACAUUGCUGACGGUUCGACUUUCGACGCCAAACUGCCAGCGCGGCAGAUCACCGAGCACAGGCUAGACAGACUAGCUCAGACCCGUCAACGUUAUCAUUUCGAGUCCAUCGAAUGGCGCAAGAUCCUGAGUGUUCGCCGAUAUGUCAAUCAGGACGCAAGGGAAAACGCCUUGGUCCAGUCACAGAUGUCCAUGGCUGGCGGAGGGAAAGCUGAUUUCCAGUUCCAGUGGAUACACCUGAAAGCCAAAUUUCGACUGCUGCAUGAUUUCCAAAAUUUCGUAGCAGCCCUGGAUUCGGUGGAUCCGGACGAGCGUAGCCUUGCCACCAUUUUGUUGACGAAGGCUGCUAAAGAGCAUGAACAGAGUCACUCCUGGGGGAAGUUUCUGGAAGGCCGAGUUGACCGAUGUGACGGCCACAAGGGCUCGGAGCCCGACAAGUGGGCAAUCUUUCUGUCAAUUCAUCACCUGCAUGCCGCACCGCGACCUCGCGAUCAAUCGAUUGCAGCGGAUUCACAUCACCCCCGAACGCUGUUCGAGUACCACUACAAGGACCAGGAAAACACGCAGGAGCGGGAUGCAAAGCAGAUCAUGCGCCAGGCAUCCCAGUCUGACGAGAUUCUCCACGUGCACAACAUGUGGGUGCUGCUUCUAAGUUCAGGUAGCGCCCUCUUCCUAAGCCUUUGGUGCUUCGUCGUGACGCUUUUCGUAGGAACCCUAAUCACGAGCUCCCCCGAUGCAAUGGGUGAUUGCCUCGGGCCAUCUGUUCUCGUCGAAGACAUCACCACCCAAUCCGAAAAGGGGGAGCUCCAGAUCAUUCGCUUCUUGGACCCGACAGACCGACAAUUCUUUGUGCCCUCGGCACAGUGCGAAACCUGGUUUGCCAUGAUGGGCAAGGUAGUCGGCCUAUGUGGCAGCAUAUAUGGCGAUGCUCUUGAAAGAUAUCACAUCAAUGACGUCAACGGGGUUGAAGUCACCGCUCCAGAAUGGCAACAGUUCCUCGCCAGCCAGAACAGCUUUUGCGCUACUGUGCGCAUAUCUCUCACCUCGAAUACACCACCAGCUCUAGAAGGGCCUGAGGCUUUCCGCCGUGAUUCUAUCACGAAUAGCAUUCGCAUCGACCAUCGAGCUCUCGUGCGUAUUCACAGAGACGACGAAAGUCCGAACUACCGAAUAUCUAGACGUCGGCGACGUAGAGACAGAAGUAGGAGGCACCGUGAUGAGGUCAAGGCCAGGAUUGAAGAGGAGGCCAGGAUCGAAAAGAAGACCAACGAGAUUGAACGCGAAGUGGCUAGCGUUUUGCAACCUAGACAUGGUCCUGCACCCAACCUUGGUGCUAAUGUCACUGAUGGGACGAGUCCCACGUCGCGAACAACCACCAUAAAACAUGAAUACCAGGGCAUGUACUCUCACGACCGAACGGAGUCCCCUGCCCCCUUGGACACGACGGCCCAGGAGUCUCGAGCCCAGAGAUCGAGGAGUCCUCCAGCUCGUAGGGGUCCCAGAAGGACUGCCGACUCUUCUGCCCCUGUCGCAAGACGUACGAGAACCUCAACUUACGUCGAGGUUCCAGGACUGCGGCGGGAUGAAAACACACUCGCUUUAGUCCCAUACAGAGAAGCUCGAGGCAGAUCGAGGGAGCCAGGUACGGUAUCUCGCAAGUCGACCGGCGCAGCGGACUAUCGGAUCACUCCAAAGAAGCCAUCUGCUGACGCGGAUCGAGACGGAGAUAUGCUUGCUCUCGUGCGUAGAGACAUGAGAUCUAUCGAUGAGCGCGAAAAAUCAAUCAAGCGACGACGUGAGAACCCGACGUAUCGAGUUGACUUUCUUCCCAACAUCAUCACUAACGAGUCCCUUAAUGUGAGAAAAUUUGACCACAUUUUUUACUUGCCCGAAGAGAUCUUCCAUUCCAUAAAAGGCCCCACGGUCGAAAAUCAAGGCCUCAACACCGUACCAGGGGGCCAAGGAGCGAGGAAGACAACGUCUCCCAGCGAGCAGGGGCAAGAUUCUUCCUUCCAAACGAGGGUAGUUGAGCAUGUGCACGCUGACAUAACCAAACCACCGGAGCCACUGUGGAAAACUCGACGAGACAAAAGGACGCCAGCGGAGAACCCGCCGCCUCCAGUGUUCCUUUGGCAAACCGGCCACAUAAAGCCACAAACGAGCGAUGAGGUUGAUCCGAGCUCCAAAGAAACUCAGGGAACCCCCGCUGUUCCACCUGCAGCCGAGGAAGGCUGUGUCACUGCAUUCAGUAGCAGAAACAAUACGGUCAAUGACCUACAAGACUUGCAGGUGCUCAAUUUGAUACUCUCGCAGAUCCAUUUGACACUUAGCAGAGGCGACCGAAUCAGCGGCGACGCCGUGCAAAGGCUCAAAGAUACGGAGGCUCCCAUAUACAAACUCCUUCAAGAGUCCUCGAUAGAUGUGGUACAGGCGGCAUUUGCCCAGAUAUGUGGUAGAGACAAUGCACCGAAAGCCGAACAGGAUCCUGCAUCAUCUGAUGUCACUGCGAAAAUUGGGCUGUGCUUAGAAAUCCUGAAGGACCUGAUGGACUUCUUCCUUCCCCAGGAUUACCCGUCCAUAGUUCUCAAGAAGUUCUGGGGCGGUGUUGCUAUAUGGCUCAAGAAACUUGAGCAAAUGCUAUCCGCUGAGUCAAGUCAAGGGUCCCGGUACGCCAGGCAAGGUCGUUCGGAACUGCCGCUUGAUGCAUUUUAUGUUGUGAAUGCCGAGCUAGCCCCGCGAAAUUCACAGGACCCAUCGCUGAAGCUUCCACAUCCCCUGCUGGAGGAGUGUCCGUCCUGCAUCCAUUGGCUCUCCCAUCCAGACAUGGACACUGCGAUCUUCCAUCUUCGCCAUGUCCAUUUCCGGAAUGCGGAGGUGACUCGCGAAGAACUACAAGAAUGGGUCCGGAAAGGGGACAGAGUCGAUAGCUUUCGACUGCGGUGCGACGCUAAGCGGCUUGUAGACACUGUGUUGGACCAUUGUACCAAUUUGCGGGUGUUGAAGAACGAAGUCGUCGCAGGGGUCUGCGGCAGUGGGAAGUUCGACUCUGCCGUCUAUAAGUUGCCGAACGGGCUCGUGCGGGCCUUUGAGCGUAUCCUGAUGAUGAUGGCUUACUCCGGGUACGCCGCCUCGCUGACAUUACAGGCGUACCGUGAGUCUCCUGAGCGGUUCCGCAGGUUCUUCGAAUCGACCCACCAGAACCACAUAAUUGAACUCGGGUACGCAGCCGAGGGUGCCUUUGACGAAGCUAAGAGCAACCUGAUGCUGAUGAGUCGUGUCAACGAAUACUCGAACAGCAUUCAAUACGACACCGUGGGACCGGAGUACAUGGUUUUGUUACUGCUCGCAGGCCUUCGAGACAGAGGAUCGAAACGAAAUCCACUCAAUCUGCCGAAACUUCAUCGAAAGGAGCUUAGCAGGCUGACGUUUGAAGCCCAUAACCACCCCCGCCGUCGCCUUCUUCAAGAGAUUCGGAUGCUGGAGACCGAGGUUUCGGCCGUACUAGACAUCAGGAGGGAUUGCAGUAAAGUUUUGCAUGAUUACAGAGACAUGCUGGCUUCAAGUGGCUUCAAGAAGACGACCACGACACGAAGGAGGCUUUACCAUGAUUUUGAAGAGAAUCUUGCCGACAAGCUUUUCAAGGAAGACCGGCAGGAUAUACGGGAGGCAGACGAGCUUCUGGGCGAGAUCCCCCAGCUCUGCAGCCAAUUGACGCAGGCCGUGGAGAUCCAACAAGAAGACCACGGAAAAGCGAUCCUGGUCUUCACCAUUGUGACGAUUGUGUUUCUUCCCAUGUCAUUCGUGACAGGCUUCAUGGGCAUGAACACGGCUGACAUCCGCAACCAGGAAUCCGGCCAGUGGGUGUUCUGGGCCGCCGCCAUACCGCUGACGUUCGUCGUCGUGGCUCUCACGGUCUGGAUCGGGUAUAACAGCGAAUCGCUGAGCCAGUGGCUGUGGAUGUGGCAGACAAAUAGGAAGCAGCGGCAGUUUAAGAGCUCUUGGGAAGAGUCUCGCGCGGAGAAACGGCAUGCUUUCAGGAAGCAAGGCGGCAACGAGAAGGUGAGCGAGACUACGAAUACGGCCCCUGCCACGGCUGCGACCGCGACUACGACUAGGCCUUUGCCUGGGCUGCGUGGGUGGAAAUCAGCAAGACAAACGCGGAAGUCACGGUCUGUAAAACGUAAUGCCUAUUUUUACGUCUAG